AUGGGCUGCGGAGCAUCAAAGAGCUCGGCGUCGGACACGGCGCCGCAGCAAAAGCGCAAGAAGGGAAAAAGGACGCCGCUGCCGAGCCAGACUGUGGCCGGCCCAGAGAGUGGCCUGGAUCCGGCCAAGAUCGAAGAGGGCCUGCCGCCGCCAGACUACGUCCCGCCGAACCUCGUCGAGUGCCCCAUCUGUGAGCGCAAGUUUGCAGAGGAUCGCAUCGCAAAGCACAAGAAGGCAUGCAAGGCUGCCAACAAGGAGCGCAGAGCGUUUGACACGAAGCGCAUGCGCCAGGAGCGCGACGCCCGCAAGGCAGAGGCUGCCUCUGACUUUGACGAUUCGGUCCUCGACGAGAACCGCGGCAAGUGGCGCGAGCAGCACGAGGACUUUAUCCGCAAGGUCCGUCGCGACAAGGCAGGCUCCGCAUCCAACACGCCGCAGAAGGGCACCAAGCGCCCGCCGCAGAAGCGCGGGCGGGCCCCACGGCGCCGGUAG